GGGCGAACCUGGGCAGACGCGCGUCAGACGCAGACACAACGGGCGCACUGAAGGACUAAUUGUGGACGAAUCGAAAAUGAAAAGGAAUCACGAUUUUAGCUCCUCGGACAGCGAGCUGGACGAGACUAUUGAGGUGGAGAAGGAGAGCGCGGAUGAGAAUGGGAACAUGAGCUCUCCUCUCGGGUCCAUGUCUCCCACCACAUCGACUCAGGUGCAGGCGAGGAAAAGGCGUCGAGGAAUCAUCGAGAAACGGCGCCGUGACAGAAUCAACAACAGCCUCAGCGAGCUCCGCAGGCUGGUCCCCAGCGCCUUCGAGAAACAGGGCUCAGCCAAACUGGAGAAAGCGGAGAUUUUGCAGAUGACUGUGGACCAUCUGAAGAUGCUUCACGCCGCUGGAGGCAAAGGUUAUUUUGACGCCCAUGCUCUGGCGAUGGACUACCGUGGCCUGGGUUUCAGGGAGUGCCUGGCUGAGACGGCCCGCUACCUGAGCAUCAUCGAGGGCCUGGACAGCACAGACCCUCUGCGGCUCCGCCUGGUCUCCCACCUGAACAACUACGCCAGUCAGAGAGAGGCUCACUCUGGCCUGAGUCACCUGGCGUGGGGCUCUGCGUUCGGAUCCCCCCCUGCCCACCUGACCCACCCCCUCCUCCUCCAGCACCAACAGCACCAGCCGCUGGCGCCCUUACCCCGCAGCGCCACCAGCAGCCCACAAACCCCUCUGUCAUCUGCGUCCACUUCAUCCACCUCCUCCUCCUCCUCCUCUUCGUCAUCCUCGUCGGCUGCGGAGACCCACGUCCCCGGCAGGCGCAGCGGCAGCGCCACCCCACACUCAGAUCAAGGCCCGAUCCGGGUCCCCCCCACCACUGCCGCUCCUACCACCGUCCACCCCGCCUUGGUCUCCUCAUCAGCGUCCAAGCUCUCCCCUCCUCUCCUCUCCUCCCUCUCGGCAUUCCCCUUCCCCUUCAGCGCCUUCCCCCUCAUCUCCCCCACCACCGCCAUCAGCCCCCCGGCCCCAACAUCCAGUGUGGGCAAACCCUACAGACCCUGGGGCAUGGAGAUAGGAGCGUUCUGACUGAAGUGAAUCCCUCAGUCCACAUAUAGACUCACUCCUCAGCUGAGCUGGACCUUCAAGGACAAGACUUUUUAUUCUCCCAGCUCAGAAAGUGCUAUUUUUUCUAAGAUGUUGGCGUCCCGCAGAGGAUACACCUAGCUGUAGGAUUUGUGUUUUCUUGCUCAUGUAUUGUGUUUUGUAUAGAAGAAAAAAAAACAGUGAGGAGGGAGACCACAACUAAAAAGCAACGAGAGUGAUUGAUUGUGAUUGAUCUCUGUGCCUGCCCACCCCUUUAGAAGUUUCACCCGCUCUUGUCAGCCUAUCAGGGAUGGCUUUUCCAGAUGGUCAAGCAGUCGCCGCCCGUCAAGUUCCUGGGCAAAACUGUCCCCCCCUUUGUUUUCCCUUUGAGCGGAAACACCCAGUGUUGGUGCCCUGGUUACAUACAGAGAAGGGGGGUGUGAGAGGAGGGCCUGAGGUGGUUCAGAGUCACCCCCUUUUUACAGCAUUUUAUGGGGUGGAAUAACCGAAACCAGGUGUUUGUUUGACUAAAUACUGGGAACAGAAGUUAGCUACCAGCUUGGUUGAAAUAAACUUAACCAUGAUUUACCCACAGCCUCUGACGUUCAUAUGGUGCGCCAUUGUUUAAGCUUGCUCACGUUAUAUGUCUUUACAGUAAAUCUCGUCCUUAACACUCGAGGCUUCACACAGUUUACCAGUUUCUACCUGUUUUUCCACAUUUUUUUCAUUUCUCAUGUAAGCCAAGCCUGUGUGAUUGUCUUCCUCUUCCUGAUCAAAGCCAGAUCAUCGUCACUCAGUCAACUUGUAUCUCCUUUGACAGCAGUUGCAGUAAAACGAGGCAGCACAGUUCAGUUCUCUUUCAUUUAAAAAGACCAGCUCCUGCUUUUCACCUGGUUGCCUUUGGCGUCUCCCGGUAAAACCUCGCUGUGAGUUUGUAUAUUUUAUGAUUGUACAAAGCACAAGCAAGCACGGACAAAUCAGAUUUCUCAGCUUUUCAGAGUUGUUGCUGGUGGUAAUGACAACUUCCCUGUAAUAAAAGAGUUCAGAUAAAUCG